AUGCGGGAGAUGGCCAAGACGGCGGCCUGGAGCGUCAGCUCCUGCAAGCCCGGCAACGGCGUCGCCUCCAUCCGCGACGACAGCCUCGACACCUACUGGCAGCUGAGCCGAGCCGCCGUCAGUGGUGGAUUUUAUUUUUGUCAGCUUGUUGUGCUCUACGUGGAUUUUAAGCUGGACGAGAGCUACACGCCCAACAAGAUCUCCAUCCGGGCCGGCGACGGCUUCCACAAUCUCAAGGAAAUUAAAACGGUGGACCUUUUGAAGCCAGUAGGAUGGGUUCAUAUAUCAUUAUCUGGCACUGAUCCCCGGUAUGGAUUUUUGUAA